AGCUUGAGCUGUCAUUUUAGAACAUGAGAAGACAUGCUAAACAAAGCUCAAAUUCUCCCCACACUCUGAAACAAUGCCCAUCUCUGAUAUCAGCAGUGCCUCAGUCUUCAAUUCUUCAUUUGGAUACAGUCAUCUUUUCUUCAUGGACACAAGAGUCUGAACUGAAGAAUUUUUGUUGCAGAAAUAUACUGAUCAUCCUUGGCUUCUCUUCUAUCAUGGCUGUGAUUUCUUUGAUUGCUGUGGGGCUGACCCAGAACAAAACAUUGCCAGAAAAUGUUAAGUACGGGAUUGUGCUCGACGCAGGCUCUUCUCACACAAGUUUGUACAUCUAUAAGUGGCCAGCAGAAAAGGAGAAUGACACGGGGGUGGUGCGUCAGAUAACAGAGUGCAAGCUGAGAGGUCCUGGAAUCUCAAGAUAUGCUCAAAAAUUAAGUGAAAUAGACAUUUAUCUGACUGCAUGCAUGAUAAGAGCCACUCAAGUGGUUCCAAAGUCCCAGCACCAGGAGACCCCCGUUUACCUGGGAGCUACAGCAGGCAUGCGCUUGCUCAGGAUAGAAAAUGAACAGUUGGCAGACAAGGUCCUGGCUGCAGUGGCGAGGAGCCUCAGCAAUUACCACUUUGACUUCCAGGGUGCCAGAAUCAUCACCGGCCAAGAGGAGGGGGCCUACGGCUGGAUUACUAUCAACUAUCUGCUGGGCAAAUUCACGCAGAAAUUGAGUUGGCUCAACCUGAAGCCAAAUGAGGACAGUGCUCUUGAAACGUACGGGGCUUUAGACCUUGGGGGAGCCUCUACACAAAUCACUUUUGUGCCCCCAAACAAGAAGAUCGAGUCUCCAAGCAAUGCUCUGCACUUCCGCCUUUAUGGCAGGGACUACAGCGUGUACACACACAGCUUCUUGUGCUAUGGGAAGGAUCAAGCACUCAGGCAGAAACUGGCCAAGGACAUUCAGGGUACAAACGGAAUCCUCAGGGACCCAUGCUUUCACCCUGGAUACGAGACAGUAAUGAAUGUAAGUGAUCUCUACAGUAGCCCCUGCACCAAGAGAUUUGAGAUGACUCUUCCAUUCGAUCAGUUUCACAUCCAGGGCACUGGAAACUAUCAACAAUGCCAGCAAAGCAUUCUUCAACUCUUCAACACCAGUUACUGCCCUUACUCCCACUGUUCCUUCAAUGGGAUUUUCUUGCCACCAGUUCACGGGGAUUUUGGGGCAUUUUCGGCUUAUUACUAUGUGAUGGAAUUUUUAAACUUUACCUCAGAGGAAACCCCCUCGCAGGAAAAGAUGACAGAGACUAUGAAAAAGUUCUGCUCUCAGCCUUGGGAGGAGCUGAAGACCUCUUUUGGUGACGUGAAGGAGAAGUACCUGAGUGAAUACUGCUUUUCCGGAGCCUACAUCCUAACUCUCCUUCUGAGUGGCUAUCAUUUCACAGCUGAUUCCUGGAAGAAUAUUCAUUUCAUGGGCAAGAUCCAGAGCAGCAAUGUCGGGUGGACUCUGGGCUACAUGCUGAACCUGACCAACAUGAUCCCAGCUGAGCAGCCGUUGUCCACACCUCUCUCCCACUCCACCUAUGUCUUCCUCAUGGUCCUCUUCUCCCUGAUCCUGGUUGCAGUGGCCAUUGUUGGUUUGUUUAUCUUUCACAAGCCUUCAUAUUUCUGGAAAGACAUGGUAUAGCAGGAGCAGCUGAAAUCUGCUGGCUAGAGUGAGAAAAAAACUUGCCCAUGGAGCACUUUCCUCCACAGUGGUGUACAAGAUCAUCCUUCCUUGCUCACCAAGGCCAGUCUUGACCAGCAUGAAGCUUCCAUGGCUUUUGCUGAAGCCUUUCCAUGGAAGGUAUUCACCACCUUCUGCCUCAAGGACUACCCAGAAGACAUCGUCUCUUUUGUGAGUCCUCAACUCCCCUUUUCUCUUUUGUACUCUGUGCUUGUGUAGGUCUUAAAGACCUGUUACUUUUCAUGAUCUCUGCUUUAUAAAAAAACAACCAUGACUUUGUCCCGAAGAACUCAGAGUCCUGAGUCCUGCACUGGCAAGUUGUGCUGGCUAAAAGAUCUCAGGAACUGGUUCAGUUGUACUUAGACCCUUUCUUUCUCCUAUUGCCCAUUUAUUAAGAAUGCCAUACAAUGCCUUUGGAGAAGGCAGACACACAUCUCAUUCCCAUCCUGCUGUUUGCACAGGAGUAUUUUCUAGACUAGACAAAUAUGUGCUAGGGCCAAAGAGUCUUGCAAGGGAACUUAUGUGCUUGUAUCGUUUAUACGAUACUCAAUCCAAUCCAAAACAGGGAUGUGGAUUAGUUAUAUAUUCCUCAGUGGUGCCAAAAUGCUAUGGAGUGGGACACCCCGCCCCCUCAGACCAGAGAUUUUUUUUUUUAAAGCUAAUGUAACAUAUAGGCAUUCAGCUAUCAGGGCAUACUACAUGGUAGGUAUACAUGUCAGGAAGAAAAAUACAAUUACAAUGAAGAGUUUGGAAAAUGCAUCCUUCAGUGCAUCUAUUGGGGUUUUAUUUUUAUUGUAGUCAUACAUAUAUAACAUAAAGUCCACCAUUUUAAUGUGUACAAUUCAGCCACCUUUCGCAUCUUCGCAGUGUUGUGCAACCAUCACGACCGUCUAAUUCUGGAAUAUUUUCCCCACCAAGAAAUUAGCUGGAGGCAAGACCAUCCCUGGGUAGUUUCAAACCACCAAACUUCCAGUUAACAGCCAAAUAUGCUCAUCAGUUGUACUGCAAAGAUGCCCCUUGAGUUUUAAAGCCAUGCCAUAUCUUUUUGUCCCAGGGUUUAAUGUAGUGGGAGAGCUGCAACACGCCUUUCCACUGUCAUGGUAUUUGCUCAUCAAAGUGUGCCAGGAACCAGAUCUGAAAGUGUGCUUGCCACCCCUGUCGCACAAGUAUGGGCUCUAUUUACUUAUUCCAUGGACUAUUUGGUGGGAGAAGCAGCAGCUAUGGACCUUGUCACAGAAACAUGAAGAGACCCUAUACUUUCUUCCUUUAAUGAUUGCUGUGAGCAGGUGGAGUGGUGAUGUGUCACUCCAAAGUUGUCCCAAGCUCCCCAUCUCUGGAUCUGGGGACAGACUGCCGAGCUGAUUGACGUAGGGUGGGACUGGGGUGAGGAAAGAAAAGCUUUCCCACGAACUGGAAGCCAAAUGUCCUAACACUCUUGAAUAACCAAGUCAUUUUUUACAAUAUCAAGGUGAAUACAAGCUUAUAAAGCUGUGGGCAGGAAGUUUUUCUUUUCUGCUACUCACAGUUGAACUUGUUGUACUUGGAUUAGGAACCCAAAGCCAAGUUUGAACAUGUUUAAACUCUUUCUGCUAGUGCUAGUGGUUAUAUUGUUACACUUAGUAUUUAUUGAGCAUUUGUUGUGUCCCAUGCUCUGUGCUCAAGUGCAUUACAUUCAUUUUCUCAUUUAAUCCUCACAACAGUCUUCCCACUUCAUAGAACCAGAAACUGAGGCUCAGAGAGGUUAAUUCACUUGCCCAAGUCGCUGACCUGAAAGCCUGCAACGCACUUAACCAUUAUUUUCUUUCCCAAAUAUACUAGACUGUCUCCUUGUAACUUCUAAGCACACACUUAACUCUGUAUGAAUACAGGCCAUGAGAGAGAGGGAAGUAGACAGAUGACCUGUUCCCUGAUGGACUUAGUGAUUUAAUAUUGCUUUAAGUCCACAAAGGCUGUCAUGGCAACACUGAUAUUCUGUUCACAUACUAUGGUAACGUACAUGGAGUAUGAUGCUCAUCAAGGAUUUCCCCAUAUUCCUGGCUUCUUAAUUAUAAUGCUUGCUCCCUGCACAGCAAUUCUGCAUCAAAUAAAAAUGAAAAUAAAAGGUCAUAAAAUAGAGCCAACGGCAGCUUCCUUCUUCCUUAUGCCUACGUAUACAAAGCACUGUCAUGCACAUUCUCUAUUCUAAUAAAACCCCAUGAGGGUGUAAGUACUAUUUCCAUUUUAUGAAUGAGGGUCACACAAACUAACAGAUGUUAGAGUAGAUAUGCAAAUUCAUGUCUUUUGCCCCAAGUUUAUUGUUUUGUCUUUUCUAAACACUGCCCCUCAGGAAGUUAGAAUUAGAAUUCACCAGUUUCCUUCAAUAAACUGAAACCUUUUCUUAUUCCA